AUGCAGGGUGCCCGGGCUGUGCUGCUGCUGCUGCUGCUGCUCCUCAGCCUCUCCCCAGGCUGUGAUGCAGGCUUUUUCUCACCCAUGAAGUGCUGCCUCAGUUACAUCAACUCCCCUCUCCGGUUGGCCAACCUGAAGGGUUUCUACAGAACUCCUAUGGAAUGUCCUUUGCCGGCCGUUGUGUUUGAGACCGGGAAGGGGAUGGAGGUCUGUGCAAACCCAAAGAAGACUUGGGUGAAGGAAGCAGUUGAGGAGCUACAAAAAAAGAACUUCCCUGCCCCAUGA